AUGACCGCCAUGGACGAGGACAUCGAGAAGAAGGGAGUGACCGCGGUCACUCCCCAUGGCGAGGGAGGUGUACCGGCGUACGACGAUGUUGCAGUCGGCAGCGCCCCCGAGGUGAAAUCUCUCAAGCGAAACUUGCAGGGUCGUCAUAUGCAGAUGAUUGCCAUUGGUGGUUCUAUCGGUGCCGGUCUGUUCGUCGGUACAGGUAGUGCGCUGCAAAGUGGAGGUCCCGGAGCUUUGUUGAUAUGUUACUUGAUUGUCGGUGCCAUGCUUUUGCUUACCGUGCAGGCUCUGGGAGAGCUGGCCACGGUGUACCCUGAAAACGGUGCUUUCUUCACUUACUGUGUUCGGUUCAUCAACCCUGCCUGGGGUUUUGCGGUUGGUUGGGACUACGCCAUUAGUUGGCUGAUCAUUCUACCCUUCGAAAUCACGGCCGCCGGUAUUACCAUCCAAUUUUGGCGCGACGAUUUAAAUGUCGGAAUUUGGAUCGCCGUCUUCCUCACUGUCCUCAGCUUGAUUCAAUGGUUUGGCGUCCGUGGUUACGGUGAAGUCGAAUUCGCACUCGGUUUGAUGAAAAUCAUCGCGGUCAUUGGCUUUAUCAUCCUCGGCAUCGUCAUCGACUGUGGUGGUGCCCCCAGAGGAGGUUACAUCGGUACUGAGUACUGGCGCAAUCCCGGCGCCUUCACCACCUUCCCCGGCUUUUGUUCAGUGUUCGUCACCGCGGCUUUUGCCUUCUCCGGUACUGAGCUGGCUGGUCUGGCUGCCGCCGAAGCUGCCAAUCCCGCCAAGUCCGUUCCCAAGGCCACCAAGCAGGUCUUCUGGCGUAUCAUGAUCUUCUAUGUCCUGGCCACCUUCGUCGUUGGUCUGAUCGUGCCCUCCAACGCCGACUACCUGCUCAACUCCUCCGGUGCCAACACCAAGGCUUCUCCCUUUGUCGUCUCGAUUCAGAACGCGGGUAUUGCUGGUCUGCCCUCGGUCAUGAAUGCCGUCAUUACCAUCUCCGUGAUCAGUGUCGCCAACUCGGCGACCUAUGGCUCCAGCCGUACUAUUCAGGCUCUCGCCCAGCGUGGCAUGGCGCCCAAGAUCUUCGCGUAUGUCGACAGCAAGGGCCGCCCCGUGUACUGCGUGCUCCUCCAGAUUGCCUUUGGUUUCCUCGCCUUCAUCAACGAGGCCUCUGCUACGGGUAGCGUCAUCUUCGGCUGGCUUCUUGCCCUCUCCGGUAUCAACUCCCUCUUCGUCUGGGGCAGCAUUUGUCUCGCACACGUCCGCUUCCGCGCUGGAUGGAAGCACCACGGCCGUGACAUCAGCGAGCUUGCCUACGCUGCACCCUUCGGUGUGCUCGGUAGCUGGAUUGGCUUUGGACUCAACGUUCUCUGUCUGGUCGCCACCUUCUACACUGCCGUGGUGCCUAUGAAUGCCGAGGUCUUCUUCGAGAACUACCUUGCAGGCCCUCUGAUCAUCGGUCUCUAUUUCUUGUGGAUCGCGUACACCACGUUCAACAAGGACCCUAAAUUGGACCGAGGCGCCUCAUUCGUCAAGGUUCAGGACAUGGACAUGUUUAGCAACAUGCGUGAUACGGCUCUGGAUGUGGAUCUGCCUCCCAAGAGAGUGUACAACACUUGGGGUGAGUGGUUCGCGGCUGCGCCUAUGCGUAUUGUUCGUUCUAUUUUCUGA